AUGGUAGCGGCGAACCCCAACGUCGUGGCCAAAACACGGGCGCUCUACGAGGCCACCCAUGCUCACGCCAUCCCUCGUGAUGUUGAGGCGGCGUGGGCGGCACAUGCAAUCAUGAAUGAGAACUCUGCCAGCUGCGUGUCCUACCAGUGGCAUGAGGAAAGUAAACAUGCUGCGACCUACGCCUCGCUCAUCAUGGAGGAGCUGGACCCUGAUGCCCGCGGCUACAUUGAGAUUUGGCAGCUGGAGAAGCUACUCCGUAAGAUGGUGAUGGAAGAGGGGUCACAGGAUCAGAUGGACCAGGCGUCAACCAGCCUCGCCAAGACAAUGGUUCCGUCCAGUCACCGGAGCCCAAUGCAGAAACAGAUUCACGAGACCGUCGACUUCAUCCACGAGAACUGGAAGAGGAUAUGGUUCCUGGCGCUGUGGGGGGUCGCCAACAUUGCCCUCUUCAUAUUCAAGUUCAUACAGUACAGGAAUCGGGCCGUCUUCGAGGUGAUGGGGUACUGUGUCUGCAUCGCCAAGGGUGCCGCUGAGACGACCAAGCUGAACAUGGCCCUCAUACUCCUCCCGGUGUGCCGAAACACGCUAACAGCACUCCGGUCGACUGCACUCAGCGCCGUCAUACCAUUUGACGACAACAUAAACUUCCACAAGGUUAUCGCGGUUGGAAUUGCAAUUGGAGCGGGUAUGCAUACGGUUGUUCACCUGACCUGCGACUUCCCAAGGCUGGUCUCCUGCCCAAGUGACAAGUUCCAGGAGAAGCUGGGGCCCUUCUUCAACUAUGUUCAACCAACAUGGGGAACUCUGUUCGCGAGCACUCCAGGGUGGACUGGUAUCCUCCUGGUCCUCAUAAUGUCAUUCUCCUUUACACUGGCGACAACCUCCUUCAGGAGGAGCGUCGUGAAGCUGCCAUCGCCACUGCACCACCUGGCUGGCUUCAAUUCCUUCUGGUAUGCCCACCACCUGCUGGUGUUUGCAUACAUCCUUCUGGUGAUGCACUCCUACUACUUAUUCCUCACCAAGCCGUGGUACAAGAAAACGGGAUGGAUGUACAUAGCAGUUCCUGUUAUCUUCUAUGCCAGCGAGAGAGCCACCAGAAGAGUUCGUGAGAAGAAUUAUGGAGUGACUGUCAUCAAGGCAGCAAUUUACCCAGGAAAUGUUCUCUCUCUUUACAUGAAGAAGCCAUCAAGUUUCAAAUACAAAAGUGGGAUGUACCUCUUUGUAAAAUGCCCAGACGUCUCGCCUUUUGAAUGGCAUCCCUUCUCCAUCACCUCUGCACCUGGGGACGACUACUUGAGUGUACAUAUCCGCACAUUAGGUGACUGGACAACAGAACUAAGGAACCUAUUUGGGAAGGCCUGUGAAGAAGAAGUAAAUUCCAAGAAGGCUACACUAUCAAGACUUGAGACCACAGUCAUAGCAGAAGGCGCGGACGAGAAUACUAGAUUUCCCAAGAUCUUUGUUGAUGGCCCUUUCGGUGCACCAGCUCAAAAUUACAAGAAAUACGACAUCCUUUUCCUUAUUGGCCUUGGAAUUGGUGCAACUCCUUUCAUCAGCAUACUGAAGGAUCUCCUGCACAACAUAAAGUCUAAUAAUGAGCAGCAAAGCAUGAAUGACGAGGAGGCAGGCAGCAGCUUCAAGAGCAACGGGCCAAGCCGAGCUUACUUCUAUUGGGUUACCAGGGAACAAGGCUCCUUUGAAUGGUUCAAAGGUGUCAUGAAUGAAGUUGCUGAAUGUGAUAGCGAUAAUGCAAUAGAGAUGCACAACUACCUAACCAGUGUGUACGAGGAAGGAGAUGCGAGGUCAGCUCUGAUUGCCAUGGUUCAAUCGCUCCAACACGCAAAAAAUGGUGUGGAUAUCGUCUCCGGCAGCAAGAUCCGGACACAUUUUGCAAGGCCAAACUGGAGAAAGGUGUACUCUGAUUUGGCAAAUACCCACAAGAAUGCUCGUAUAGGUGUUUUCUAUUGUGGAUCUCCGACGCUUACAAAAACACUCAGGGAACUUGCAAUAGAAUUCAGCCACACGACAACAACACGGUUCCAUUUCCACAAGGAGAACUUCUAACUUGUGAGGUCAGCGCAACAAAAAAUUCGGUAGCAUCGGGUAGCAGUUCUAGCUCUGCAGGUGCCAGAGGGAGCUGGGGCAUAUAUUAGUGUACAAACUACAUGGAGUGAAAAGCAUGUGGCGUUAGUUAUAGCUGCUGCCACACAUAGAUAGGGGGAGGAAAGCCAUGUAUUUAUAUUUUCAUUCGUCAGUGAGAUUGCUUCUUAGAAUAAUUCAGACCUUGAACAGGUGAUUGGCUCGGUUCAAAAUUGAUAGGAUCAAGUUUGGAUUGGCUGAAAAUUAAAGUGAGCCAUUUACUCAUUUUGUUGUAACAAAGAUUACCCUCCGAAUCGGAUUCGUUAGCUUGAUAAAAA